AUGACUUCAGAGCUGUCAUUACCACGGUCGAAGCAGACCUCAGUUGAAGAGCUCCAGGAGACGCCGGCCCCAGAUACGCCUCUCGACGAAUUGCUCGCCAGAGGGUUUUACCGUGCUGCCGCCAUAGCGGCAGUUCAGGAGCUCACGUCUACGAUUCCAGACAAGCCAGCUAUCGACCCCGCAGACCACAGCCGCAUCUUCAACCUCCUGUACAUCAGGCUAUCAUGUCUAACCCUCAUCGAUGCCAUGCCUCUAGCCGCGCAGGAGGUCAAGGCAUUUGAGGAUCUGAAUAACCCCAUGGUCUACGUGGAUCAGCUCACCGGCGAGCAUCUCGUGCCGUGGGACCUUCGCGUCCUCAACGUCAGACUGCAAGCGCUGGGUUUCGGCGACCCGCGUAGGGCUGUCAUGAGCUUCCACGAUCUCGCCCGCGAGGCGAGGCAUAACAUUGCCCAAGCCACCGCGGACCACGAUAACUCUGCCAGGGAGCUGUGGAAGGACAGGCUCUACGCUCUCGGUCUCAAGAUUGCGGGAGCGCUCGUGGAGAUGGACGACCUCUCGGGCGCCGCGCAUCAGCUCACCAGUCUAAAAGACCGCGGUGACGGCAAGGUUUCACUAGCGAGAGCGCUGCUCUGGCUCCAUAUCGGUAACGCCGACGAAGCGAGGCGCGUCGUGUCCGGCAGCGGCUCCUCGUUGAACGCGGGGGACAAGACGGUGCUGGCGCUCGCCGACAUGGCGGACGGCGAGUUCGAGACCGCCUUGGACAAAUGGAGGGCGAUUGAGGAAGGCGAAGGGGAGAUGGACGAGAUGGUGGGGAUGAACACGGCGGUCUGCCUGCUUUACUUGGGCAAAAUGGAAGAGGCGAGGACAUUGCUUGAGGGGCUGGUGAGCAGCGGGUUCUCCUCGCAUACUCUUCUACAGAACCUGUCUACGAUUUACGAGCUGUGCGCGGAAAGGACCAAGAAGGGCUUAAAGCUCAGACUCGCUGAAAGGGUUGCAGCAAUGGAAGAGUCAAGUGCUAGAGGCCUCAAAUUAGCGUUUGGCGCAACGCGGCCCUGCGGCAGCCAGAAUGCCGCCGACCCUCCGAAGGGAGAGGAGCUGGAUGCGGGCGGCGGGGAAGACGACGACGAUGACGACGACGACGUGGUGCUCUCACACGAUGAUGAGGAUGGGUCGGUCGUCGAAAGCGACGCUUCGGGAAAUGUAAAGGCGUCGCGCAGGGCAAAGAAGCCGACAAAGGCGUCCACGAUCGACUCCAACGCCAUCGAGCCCUACCCGUUCUCCAAGAAGACGACCCGGGCGUACGAGGGCCCGUUCAAGCGCCAGCGCAAAACCCCGCACAUCCUGCAAUACAUGUACGGACCCGCGGAGGCGCAUACCAAGUUGGCCUAUGGCAUGCUCAACCGAUUCUAUCACCUAGAGACCCUGCCAGGAAGACCCGUCGACGAUUCGUCGGGCCCCCUCCUUACGCCGUGGGUGCCGGAGGGCGUCGGACCGAGGCAAAAGCUUGUAAAGCUUAGUAAAGCCGGCAUGGCGCCGUACUUGGUGAAACCCGACGGUAAUCUCGCCGUCCUACUCGGGCCCUACGGCGAGCAGCAGGAGAUCACUUUUCCCGGCGGCGCAAACCGGGGUGUCUGCUUAAACGGCGCGGAUCUUCCAACCGAUAGCCACGCCCGGGACGAGAGAAGCCAACCCAAGGGCUGGAUGUUGGACGCGGGCGGCCUCGUUCUUUCCCUCGCGUGGGCGUACCGCCCGGAAAAUACGGACCCGGUCCUCGCGCUCUGCGUGGUACCGCACUCGGACCAGCACCACCCUAACACGGCGGAACGGGACGCCCACCUUGGCUCCCGCAAGCACGGCAUCAUCCAGUUUUGGAAGUUCCCCGCCAAGAAGACGAAGCAGGAGGACAUGGUGCCCAAGGCCGAGCCGCCGAUUCUGCUGCGGACCCUCAUGUUUGAUUGGGGGAGGGCGAGGCGGAUCAAGUGGUGCCCCGUCCCGCCGACGGAGGGGUCCAUCAUGGGGCUGCUAGGUCUACUUACGGGCGAUGGAAAGGUCCGGGUGCUCGAGAUUGAGAAUGUUCGGCCAAAGGAACGCUCAACAUUUUCCAAAGUCGACACGCCGGCGUUUACUCUAUCGAUACCCGACGAAUACGGCGUUGAAGCCACGGCUUUCGCAUGGGUCAACAUUAACCGCAUAGUCAUCGGCUACACCGAUGGCAGUCUCGCCCUCUGGUCGCUCUACCCUCUCGCGCUUCUAUCACGCCACCCGGUGCACACGACCUACGUCGUCGACAUCGCAUCUGGCUACCCGUCGCGCCCGUACCUCGUCGCCUCCUCUCCCAGCACCGGCUUCACCCGCACCACCAUCACCACGCAGCCCAACCUCCUUCAGUGGAACGACCCUCUGCAAGGAUUCGUGUCCUGCUACCCCUCGGGCUCCGUGACGGAAACGUCGGUCGGGUUCAUGCACCACCGCUACUUCCCGCACGUGCGCCGCGUCGCCGACUCCCCCAGCCUGCUCACCUGCCUGGCCGCCGGCUACACGCACCCUUUCCUCCUCACGGGGCUUCGGGACGGCUCCGUGUGGGCUUGCAACGCCGCCAACAAGAUCUUCGCCACCCGGCAGGACCGGCCUCUGAAACUCAAGGUGCUUGAGCACGAGUAUCGGCCCGCAGAGAGGUUCAACGCGUCCGCGGUGCGCGACAGCGACGACGCGGCGAUGGCUGAGAAGCUCAAGCAAGUGCGCGCCGCGGUGCGGAUCCUGGGAGGCUGGGGAGAGGAGCCUAACGUGUGGAGAAUCGAUAGGAGGAGGCCGACGCAGAAAAGCUCGAAGAAGAAGACGACGAAGAAGAAGGCAAAAGGCAAGAAGAAGGCGAGAACGGCGGGGAAGAAGAAGGCCAAGGGCGCGGCAGAGGAGGAGGAGGAGGAGGACGACGACGACGAUGUCGAUGCUAUGGACGUGGAUGAGGACGAGGAAAGUUCUGCUGGGGAAGAGAGCGAGGGCGGCGAUGAGGAUGGCGAGCCCGUGGCCAAAGAUACGAGGUCAAUGAUCAAUCACGAGCCAUUUACGAGGAUCAUGGUCAUGGAGUGGAACCCGAAUCUCGAGUACGGGUGUUGGGCGGCUAUCGCGGCCGCUUCUGGUCUUGUGCGCGUCAUGGAUCUCGCGGUGGACGUGGACUAG